AUGUCGUCGUCUGGCGUGCCGCCUGGGUGGCGUGUGCGGGCGUCGCGUUCGAUGCCGGGCCGGUUCUACUAUGUAAAUGUGAAGACGGGGGAGACAUCGUGGACGAGGCCAGAUGACACGACCAGCGCCCUGGCAAGGAAGCAGGCGGAGGCAAAGCGGCAGGAGCGCCAGAGGCGACGGGAACAGGUCAUCGUCACCCUGCAGGCGCAGGAGGAUAAGGCGCUCAAGGAGCUGAAGCAGCUGCAGGAGCAGCUGGCGUCCGUUGACAGCCUGCUGCACCUGAACCCAAAGGACGAAGAGGUGCUCACGCUCAGAAAGAACCUCCACGAGCUCAUGGAUCUGCAUCAAUCGGAGCUGCUGCAAGUGAAGAAGGAGCGCUUGAAGCUGCAGUACGGCUCGUCUUCAAAGGAAGCCGCUGCCUCUGCAGGGGCCGCCGGACAAUCGUCCUCUUCCACGUCCUCGUCCUCGUCCUCAGCGGCCACAGGCGCAGCCACCAAGAACGGUGACGGCCCAAUUGUGGUGCGCAGCAGCUCCUCACUCAUGGACAGGGCCGAGGGCGGCGCAACACUACAGGCCGGCAUGCCCAUCGUGCCUGAAACCCGGUGCCAGGCGCCAUUCUCUACUGCCUACGGCAUCUUUGCAUACCACGACGCCAUCAUUCACGACGUGGACGACGACGGGCAGCACUGCACCGUGCUGUUUGUGACGCCGCUGUACGAGAGCAUGCUGCCUUGCCGCGACUACCUCAAGGGCCGCUGCACGCGAGGGGACACGUGCGUGCACUCGCACGGGCACCGGGUCGCAGUGAGCGACCUCCGCCCCGCAGCCAAAGUGGACUUCACCUCCCUCACGCUGGGCUCCCUGUGCCUCUACCGACUGGAGCACGAGCGACUGUGGCACUAUGGCACGCUGGUGGCUGUUAGUGACGAGACAAACGUGGUGGUGCGCCCCCACUUUGGCGGGCAGCUGGAGGAGGUGUCGCUGAAGCAGGUGAGGCCCGUGCCUGGUCUGGAUGCAAAUGCAAUGGACGACGAUGACGGUGACGACGAUGGUGAUGAUGAUGAGAGCGACAGCGAUACGGAGAAACCGAAAGCCGGUGAUGAUGUGGGCGCACUUGGUGAUGGUGGUGAUGAAGACGGUCCUGGAAGGAGGGAGAGGGCAGGUGCGCCCGCACACCGACGAGCGAAAGGGAGACAUGAAGCGGCCAGCACAAAUAACAGCCGCUCGGCCGUGGCCAGUGUAGCAAAGCCGAGAGCCGUGGGAACACGAAUGCCCGAGGAGGAGGGGGACUUUGCUCCGAUUGUUAUGGACGCCGCAGACGCUGACUUUGGCAGCUGGGAGCAAUACAGCAAAGGAAUUGGGUCGAAGAUCCUGGCCAAGUUUGGAUACAAGCAUGGACAAGGCCUUGGGAGUGAUGCGCAAGGCCGCGUGAACCCUGUACCUGUUCAGGUUCUUCCUCAAGGCAAAUCCCUCGAUUACAUCAUGAACAGGCGCCUCAACAUUCAAAUCGCGUCGGAGCGCCGGAAAGCGAAACCAUCCGUCUUUGACUUUCUCAACACCGCCCUCAACCAGCGCCUCUCCGCACAACAACAAGAGCAAGAGCGACAGCGGCUGGAAGAAAGCAAGGCGGCUGGCUCAACAACACCAGCGACACAGACUGGCGCGAAACCUGCACAGAGGAAACCACUCAAUGUGCAAAUCAUGGACCUCUACAAUGAGAUUGAGGCGCGGGAGCGGGUGAUUGCGCGGUACCGACCGUCGUUGCAGCGGCAGCACGGCGAACUGCGCCGCAGAGCGCAGGAGACGCUCUCCGCAAUGGAGGGCGAGCUCGAGGACUUGAAGCGGAAAAAGGCAAAGCUGGAGAAGACCACAGAUUCGAAGCGCAAGCUGAAGAAGUUUGUGCGGUUCUGAAGCCGAUGCGAUGAAACAACAUUGUAACUGAUACUAUUUGAUCUGCCGCUGGCUAAAGUAAACGUGUUUGUACGCCCCAUUACAUACAUGUGAAAUGC